GGGCUGAUGAUGACGAUCAAUGCGCCCGGCGCUAGUGUGUCGCUUCUCAAUUCUUAUCCUAGACGCUGGGACGCUCGACAACUUCCCCCUCCUCCUUCCGGAUUUCCACAAGACAUCACGCAGGGCGGUCCACACACGAGCAGCUUCCCCCUGCAUCCCGCCUGCCGUCCUAUGCUUUGCCCAACCACUGCUGCCGACGUGUCUUGCGCCACCACGCACUCGUGCCUGAUCCGCGGCACGCUUAUCGAGGGCCGACUCACGACACGGCAGGUGCCGACACCACCGCCGGCGCGGGUCAGGUGACCCAGACACUGCAGCAGCUGUGUGCCCAGCUACGCUAUACACGAUUCGCCGAGCGGCCGUCCCUGGCGGUCAGAUCGCCCAUACGCGGCGUGUCGUUGGCCAUCACAGAGCCCGACAGUCGUAGGAGCUCCUCAGGCUCCUCUACCUGCCAGGCAGCCAGGCAGACGGACCAUCCCGCAUUGGGGAGGCCGCCGUUCUCGGCCCUGGGCAGCUUCGAUUCCGGCAGCGACCCCUCGCAACCCGAGGCGUCACGACGGUAGCUCCGGCUGCGGCUUGAUAUAUCAGACACUUCUACCAGGCGGC